AUGCCUUCCUUACCACGGGUGGAUCGACUUAAAACUAUAUAUUCAGCACCUAAGGCGCUAAACUACGGCUGGCGGUUCACAGAUCAUGUCAAGCAACCAUCUUUUAACGGCGUCACCCGCUAUAUCCCUCAAGUUCAUCGGAUAACGUUCAGAUUCUGCAAACAAAGUGAAGGGAGCGUGGGCGUAAGGAAUUUCGUCGAAGAACGCCUGAUUUCGAUGGCAGAAAGGCAUCCGUCUUGCGUGUUGUACACCCAGCCAAUAAGAAACUCGAACCCGACAAUCCGCGCAGAAUACGCAAAUGGGCGAAUUGUUCAGAUGGAAGCCACUGGACUGUCGAUGGAGGAGAUCGAGAAAGAUGUUCGGCUGAUUCUUUCGCGUUCCGGCUUACCGAUUGUAAAAUUGGAGGGGCGGCAAUCUUCCACAGCUCCGUCGAUACAAGGGCAAUGGACGCCGUUCACCUGGCAGCCGGCGCGAAUGGCAAACGCUCAGCUUCUCGACCCGGAAUUCACAGCGCACAAGACGGUCAAGCAGUCGGCCUCGGACUUCAUCCUCGAGCAUCAUCAGCACAUGAACAAA